CGUGGGAUGGAGUUACGCUCAUCUGUCGACGCUUGCACGAGACAUUAUCUCUUUCCUCCAUAAACUCGCCUUUUCUACAUCUUCUGUAAGCUUUCUGGUGUGCGUGUUCGGAGGCGAGCUGGACAGGUUGCCACUUCUGUGCCAAGCGCCGCCCCUGUGUCCUGCGGACAAGUGUGAGCAGAUCGUUAUGUUUUUACCUUUUUUCUAGUAUCCGGCGUGCAAGUGUUGUUUUCGAGUGUAAAUAGAUCGUUCCACGAUAUUGCCACGUUUUCCCCCCCCCCAGACGUCUAGCUAGAAUCCUGGUGCGCGUUGGGAAGGUAGAGCACACAGUUAGAGGGUGAACUUUGCCCAAACGGCGUGGCUUGUUGAGUCGAGUACUUCGGUUUCGCACUCGCAAAUUCUAUCUGUGCGUGUGUAAGAAGCUUCAUCCCACGAAUUGUAACCAUCAGGAGCGUGAGAGUUCGUUGGGCGCCCGGGCUUCGCGUCGUCUUGUCGGGAAUCCAACUAGGAAAUGCGCACAGAACCGGGAGAAUUUUCGUCCAGGGCUCCCUGAUAGUAGGGUGUGUAAUGUGGGAUAGCUGGUUUAACAGUAAAGGACGAGGAAAGACAGCUUGACGAAAGGAGAAGUGGAGAUUGGUGCGCAGGAAUUAGUAUUGCAUCUAGGAAAACACAAUGGAGGAGCAGGAUCCCGCCUCUUCAAUCGACAGGAGUAAAGUAACUGCUGCUGCUUCGGGGGCUUCACGGGGGCGUAGUAAAUAUAUUGCCGCCCCACGUUCGGAACGAAAAUCUUUAGAGGUAUUUGGUGGCGCGCCCGCCAGCGCUCGGUACCUUCCAGGAGCAGGAAAUGCAUUUGGGGGCAACUCAGUAGCUGAAGAGGAAGAGGAAACUGCAGCUGUGCCAUCCCCACGCAUUGAUCCGCCAUGGGUGGUUCCCAAGAUUGGCCCCAAGCCUUCUCAAAACGUGCAGCCCGCUUCCACAUUGCCUAUGUCUUCGUCAGCUUCGAAGCCUGCGCCAUUGCCGCAAAUACCCCCCGCGGUGCCUCAGAGCUACAUGUCAGAGACAACCAAGGCAAAAGCUCCUCUUCCAUGGGAUAUCAACUUAGAGAUUCCGGAUUAUAAGCCUAAACCUGUGAUCGGUGCCGAGGAAACGAAAACAAAGCCAGUUAUUAGACAUCAUAGAAGCUCAUCGGACACCAUGACCAACACCUUACCCGAUCUGAAGGAAGAGAGAAAAUCCGCAAUUGAGAAGCUCAAGCAGCAGGCCGAAGUCGACGCUAAGAGAGAUAUUGCAAAGAAGGCGAAAGAUGAUGGCGCCAGGUCACCAGAUAGAAAGGAAAUGAGUGAUGACGUGAUGAAGGGUCGCGCAGCGGAGUGGGGCUUGGUGUUGAAAUCGGAUGCGGAAACAGGGAAGACGCAAGGAGUGACCAUUCGGAAAUCCGGUGAUCGUCGUUCAGGGGGGAGCGAAAGCGCGGGACGGGUGUCGAUGACGCUGCCUACAGUGACAGCAUCCAUCAGGACAUCAGAGGCAUCAGAUGCAGGGAGCGACGCGAGCCAUCCUUCCAACCUGCCGAAAGUCUCACGAGAAGUUAAGGAAGCGCUCUCCACAUUCCAGCAAACGUUCGUGGUGUCAGAUGCUACGCAACCAGACUUUCCUAUCCUGUAUGCAAGUGCGGGCUUCUUCAACAUGACGGGGUACACGCCUAAAGAGGUCAUCGGCCGGAAUUGCCGUUUCUUGCAAGGCGCUGGAACCGACAACGCAGACGUAGCGCGUAUCCGGGAGGCACUCAAGGAAGGCAAGAGUUUCUGCGGGCGAUUGCUCAACUAUAAGAAGGAUGGUUCCGCAUUUUGGAACCUGCUCACCAUAACGCCGAUCAAAGACGACGACGGCAAGGUUCUAAAAUUCAUCGGAAUGCAAGUUGAGGUAAGCAAGCACACGGAGGGCAAGAAGGAGAAGUCACUGCGUCCUAAUGGCCUGCCUGAAUCACUCAUCCGAUAUGACGCGAGAUUGCAAGAUAAGGCAACCGCGGCGGUUGGAGACUUAGUAGGAGCGUUUAAGAACCCGGUGGCGCCAUCCACACCUCCGGACACUCUAAACACUGGCCCGAAAUCACCGCCGUCGCUGCCGCCGGAUCUUCAAUUAGUCGACUCCGCAACCGAAUCUAAACUAGCAUCGAAAUCCUCUCUUCACGACUCCACCCGACGGAGAUCAACUGGCACAAACAUCAUGACGCGCAGCGAUUCCCGCUUGUCGAACCUACCUGAGAAUGGGCAACCCGCGUACCCUCGGCGGAAUCGACGAUCGUCUGGGUUCCUCUCCAUUUUCGGGUAUGCCCAAUUGGCACUAUGUAGAUCAUAUCGCAGGUUUAUAGUUGGCAGUGCUCAUGGUUUUCUCAUUCAAAAUGAGUCUUCAUGCAGGUUAGGAAAACCGGAGCCUAAGUCACCUGACCCUGAAAUGGAUCCCCAGCUGAGAAUGCUGGAGGAUGAGGAUCGGCCGGAGAGCUUUGAGGUGGACUUGGAGAGGAGCAAGGAAAUUCGACGCGGCAUCGACUUGGCUACCACCUUGGAACGUAUCGCGAAAAACUUUGUCAUCACCGACCCUCGUCUCCCAGACAAUCCGAUCAUUUUCGCAUCCGACGAGUUCCUGGAGUUGACAGAGUACACUCGGGAAGAAAUUCUCGGCAGAAAUUGCCGAUUUUUACAAGGUCCUGACACAGAUCUUGCUGUGGUGGAUCAAAUUCGCGAUGCCAUUGCUGCUCGUCGCGACAUUACAGUGCAGCUUCUCAAUUACACGAAGAGUGGGAAGCCGUUCUGGAAUUUGUUCCACUUGCAGGCUAUGCGAGAUCACGACGGAGAGUUGCAAUAUUUCAUAGGAGUCCAACUCGAUGGAAGCGAGUACCUUGAACCGGAAAGACGACGACUAUCUGAAAAAACUGAGAAAGAGGGCGCUAAAGUGGUGCAAGAGACGGCGAAUAACAUUGAUGAUGCCGUGAGGGAGCUUCCCGAUGCAAAUUUGAAACCGGAGGAUUUAUGGUCCAAGCAUUCACUGCCAGUGCACCCGAAACCGCACAAUAAAGUUUCGCGCGCAUGGGAUGCCAUCCACAAAAUGAAAAUCAACGGACAAGGUUUGGGAUUGAAGGAUUUUCGUCCAAUCAAGCCACUUGGAUCCGGUGACACGGGAAGCGUUCAUUUGGUGGAGCUUCGUGAAACGGGGCUAGUGUUCGCCAUGAAAGCCAUGGAUAAAAGUGUGAUGAUGCAGCGCAACAAGGUGCACAGAGCACGCGCGGAGCGGGAUAUUUUGGCUUUGAUGGAUCAUCCGUUCCUUCCCACACUGUACUCCACCUUCCAGACUCAAACGCACAUUUGCCUGGUCACUGAUUUCUGCCCGGGUGGUGAGCUGUUCCUGCUCCUCGAGCGGCAGCCUCGAAAAGUUUUCACUGAGGAUGUCGUUCGUUUCUUCGCAGCCGAAGUCGUCAUCGCUCUCGAAUAUCUACAUUGCCUUGGCGUCGUUUACCGCGAUCUGAAGCCGGAAAAUGUUUUGCUCCGGGCGGAUGGCCACAUACAACUGACUGACUUUGAUUUGUCUUUCUUAACCUCCGCAAAGCCUCGGCUCGUCGAACAAGAUUUGCCCCCAGGCCGCCGUAGAAAGCCCAAACGUCCCCCGUCUCCGAUCUUUGUUGCUGAGCCCGUUACGCCUUCAAACUCCUUCGUCGGUACUGAGGAGUAUAUUGCGCCCGAGAUUAUCACUGGACAAGGUCACAGCAGCGCCGUGGAUUGGUGGGCUCUUGGGAUUUUAAUCUACGAGAUGCUUUAUGGUCGAACGCCUUUCCGAGGGAAGAAUCGACAGAGAACUUUUACUAACGUUCUUCAAAGGGACAUUAUCUUUCCUGCAAGCAUUCCUGUGAGCAUAUCCGCACGGCAGUUGAUGCGGGACCUUUUGCAACGCAAUCCGCUUAAGCGGCUGGGCUCCCACCGCGGCGCCAGCGAUGUGAAGAACCAUCCUUUCUUUCGUGGCAUCAACUGGCCGCUCCUGCGGCACACUACACCACCUCCGCUGGAAACGCCAGCCCUGCUUAUUACACCAGAUGUGGAGCCGACCAAAGCUGAUGAAGACUUGGAAUGGGACGAGGAAGAAGCCGCUCCUAUUUCCACAUUUCAGGAAUUCUGAUGAAGUGCGAUGAAUCUUGGCUGUUGUAAACAAAGGUUGUCUUCAAUGAUUCACAGCGUGGGGCCUGUAUCCAAAAGAAAGUCGUGAUGCUCAGCUUUUCUGGCUCAACAGCUUUAUAUGGAGCGUAUUUUGAGAGACCCAUCUGGACACUUGUGAGCUUGAUUCAAUCAACCAGUACCCUCAUGAACGCUCCAAAACUCUUUACGUGGCUACUAUCAGCAACAAAAUCCGUGACAAAUUUGUGGAAUUGCUAAAAGUCAGUAAUUUCAGCAUUAGAGUAGAAAGAGCGAUUGUCCACUGCCCUGCCAGCUGCUGUGUAUUUUACUCUGUAGAGCGUGGAAGCUGAUUCUGCUUGAAUGAUUGUAAGCUGUCUUCAAUCCCAUUGUUAAUACAAUUGUCUCCAUUUUAAUGCAGCUGGCGUAGUAAAGUAUUUUAAUGCAGCUGGCGUAGUUGGAUACGGCUCUGUAAAAAACCUGAUGUGCACUGCCUUCUUUCAAAGUCUUAGCAGCAUGCUGAUCUAACUAUCAGCUUUCCUGUUUAA